AUGGCGUUACGGCGUUCCGCUCGUCUGAGCGCACUUCCCAAUAACAAAGGACCAUUUUUGCAACCCACCACCAGCGCGCAAACCAAGAGAAGCAGCAGUAGCAGCAGCAGAAGCAGCAAAGCCGGUCAUCCCAGCAACAAGGUCUCGAAAGCACGAAAACCCCCCGCAAGGGGCACCAAGGCUCAGAAUGUGGCUACAGAGCAGAUUACUCCCCCAGACCCCGUUUCCGCCGAGACUACAACUUCAUCGACCACAAGGAUUUCUGAGCUGGAGAAACAGCCAGCGCCUGCUAACAUCUGGGAUAUCGGCCCCAUUCAUAAUAACAGCUUAAGCAGACCUCGUUGCACCACCCCUCCUCUCGAUCGACCGGUCGAACCGCACCGAACCAACGCAACUCUCCUUACCCCCCACGGCUCCUCGCUCGUUGCCUACCCCUCAGGAACAGAGGACGAAUCGCCCACCAGGACCGGCCGACCACGGCCGACAGCCACGACGGGCACACUGCUGGAGAAUGCCGUUGCCCACCUGAUCGCCACGGACCCCCGCCUGGACCCGAUCAUCAAGGCGCAUCCGUGCCCGCUAUUCACACCCGAGGGACUGGCGGAGGAGAUCGAUCCGUUCCGGAGCCUGGUCCAGAGUAUCAUCGGACAACAGGUCAGCGGCGCCGCGGCCAAGUCGAUACGCGAUAAGUUUGUGGCAUUGUUCAAUAAAGAGAACGAGAAGGGUGACGACGCGGACAAGUUUCCGACGCCCCAAGACAUCAUAAAGAUGGACAUUGAGACGCUGCGGACCGCGGGUCUCUCCCAGCGCAAGGCCGAGUAUAUUCUGGGGCUGUCGCAGAAGUUCGCGGACGGGGAGCUGAGCGCACGGAUGCUGUUGAACGCUACGGAUGAGGAGCUGGUCCAGAAGCUGACUGCCGUGAGGGGAUUGGGCCUCUGGUCGGUAGAGAUGUUCGCUUGCUUUGCCUUGAAGCGAAUAGACGUCUUCUCUACCGGUGAUCUGGGUGUGCAGCGAGGAUGCGCCGUGUUCAUUGGCAAGGAUGUAAGUAAAUUGAAGGGGAAGGGCGGGGGUAAGUUCAAAUAUAUGGCCGAAAAAGAUAUGCUAGAAUUGGCCGCAAAAUUCGCCCCAUACAGGAGCCUCUUCAUGUGGUACAUGUGGCGAGUGACAGACGUCAAUAUUGCCGUGAUGAGUUCGUAA